CGACGGCGCCGAACGUGAGCGUUGGCUGAACGGCUAUCCACAGAAUAGCACAGGCAAAAGGAGUAAGCGUAAAGGAACUGAUUAAUUAGUAGUGAGUGAGUGGACGAUUCUAAUGGCCCUAUGAAGAAUGCCUGCGCUGGCGUUGUGGAUGAACGCAGUUUACCACUCCUGCGCGUCAUCAAGCAAGCAAACCAGCCGCUGGUUUUGCUACAGCGGUUACUAUUUAGACGACCUAUCGUCUGUUGUAUCUAUAUUUCGCAAAGAGUUGCCCAGAACUAUGUUUCUAUAGCGCUGAUUCGAUUGCGAUUAGCCUGAGUGCCGCCAUUUGUACUGUUAUGAGCGCACUGCGCUUCUUAAGCAUAUGAGACUUAUGGCGAUCCCUACAGCGAUUUGAGGAUUCGUAUUUGAUUGCGCUGUCUUUUGAACUGCUCGACCUUCUCUAGUAUCCACCACUUUGCCCAGCACCUCCUCAAUAUCUGGUAUAGAGUAAGCAAUAGUUAGUGCUAUUGCUGUUAUGUGCGGAACGCACGGCGCACAUCGCGACCCAGCGCGGGGAGCAUAGAAAAUCGAACGGUAUAGCACAGGACGGCGCAGAGCAGGAUGAAUCUGUGCUAGCAGCAAAGCCAAUCACCGUCUGCCCGCUGCCCAUUGGCGCAAGCAGCGCCGUCGUUAGGGUCGCUACCAUCGCUACUAUUAUUGCUGCUAAGGCUACUGGUCAUCCCCAUCACCAUUGAGCCUCCAUAGACACCCAGAAAUAUCUUUUACCCUGUCUUACCUGCCUCUCGCCAAGUUGUCUUUCAGACGACCCAGCGAAACCUGCCCGAAAGCCUGUCGACCGGUUCGAUAUAAGCAGGCUUGCUUUCUUAGCGUCCAGCAGGAAAAAUCGCACUAGCAGAAAUAUCCAUAUGUAGUAUCAGGCAAAACGUUAUGUCUAUUGACAGUGCAAUUCUCGAGCGACCAAUUCGAUAGCCCCGAAACGUUCGAGGCGGAUCCGUUAAAAUACUGCCAUAACCGUCAGCAGUAUUCUUCUUUUUCCUGCCUGCCGCUACUGCCUGUUCUUUCCUCUACCUUCUUGCGCUUAGUUUUCCUAGGGAUCAUCAUCAUUAUCACCAGCAGCAUGAAGCAGCGGCACUAGUUGUUAAUGACAACACGGCGUCAGCCUGUGCGAACGGAAUAUCAUUCAUCACUGCAUAUUUGUAUCGACUAUUUAUUUUAUAGUAGCAUUGUUGGUUACCCAUGGCUCCUGUUGCUAUCGCCGAUCCCCUGCUAUCGUGCCUGUGACCAAUACCGAAGUGCAAGGGCUGCGACGGCCCCAGCGCUGAAAGACACAGAAGCCAAAGAAAGUCUGCAAUCAUUGCUGAUGGUGUAACUUGUUGUGGUAAUCAUAUCGUACCGUGUGUGUGUGUGUUUGUUUAUCUGCCCGUAAACGAGCAGAGGGGUUUUACCGUCAACGCUUGUUCUAGCCUCAGCUGCCCGUCUGGAUGCAAAACUAUCUCUGACCAGAAAAGGGAGACGGAUGUGGUACAUAACACGCGUUUGUUGCGGCCAUCGUACAGAAAUAGGUUUUGACCAACGCAAACUUCUGCUGUAUCUGUGCAGGCGUUUAUACGGCUAGCAGAAGAUGUUUUUAAUAACCAAUGACUAUUUUAUGAACUAGGUGCAGAUGUGAUUGUUCUACAGGAGUCUAUGCGUCAUCACAGUUGAAACAUUAUUAACUAUUGUAUAUAUACGUUAGAUGGAUUACCGUUUCAGAGAUCGUUCUUGGGGACGAAUGUAACGAGUGUGCGUUAAGUAUCGCCAAUAAGUGUUCGAUUAUAGUUGAGAAAGAAUGGUCGAUAGUAAGUAGUUCCCUAGUAUUGCAAGUUGACUUGAGUAGUGUUAAGAAGGUUCGUUGUGGACAUAUACAAACUAUUCGUUGUGUAAUAACGCGUUGCGGUGUUUCGCGGAUACAACCAUUUUUCUCCUGUAUAAUAAUAACCGACAUCGAACACGAUGGAGCCUACCGCGCCAGCUCUGCCGUUCACAAAGAAAACCCCAUUCACCGACGAAUACCGAAUCGGUGACCGAUCACUUGGCUUCGGUAUCAACGGCAAAGUUAUGGAGUGCACGCACAAACAAACGGGAAAGGUGUACGCCCUGAAGGUUUUAAAAGAUUGCGCAAAAGCGCGCCGUGAGGUCGGACUACAUCAGAGAGCAUCCGCGUGUCCCUACAUCGUUCGGACUCACGAAGUUUUUGAAAACGUCUAUGCGGGACAUAGCUGUCUUCUUGUAGUAAUGGAGUGCAUGCGCGGUGGAGAGCUAUUUAUGCACAUUCAAAAACGCGGGGAGCAGGCAUUUACAGAACGUGAAGCGGCUGAAAUAAUGCACCAGAUCUGCCAGGCGUUAGCAUUCUUACAUCGAAUGAACAUUGCUCACAGAGACCUGAAACCCGAAAAUCUUCUGUAUGCGGACGAGACGGGGGGACGGUUAAAACUCACCGAUUUCGGCUUCGCUAAAGAAGUUGAACCUGCAAAAAAGGACCUACAAACGCCGUGCUAUACCCCGUACUACGUCGCCCCAGAAGUGCUCGGCCCUGAGAAGUAUGACAUGUCCUGCGAUAUGUGGUCGCUUGGUGUUAUAAUGUAUAUUUUACUUUGUGGAUUUCCGCCAUUCUACUCGAACCAUGGGCUUGCGAUCAGUCCAGGCAUGAAGAAACGAAUUCGAGCCGGACAGUAUGAGUUUCCGAAUCCCGAGUGGGCAGCAGUUUCGAACGAAGCCAAAGACAUUAUUCGGCAUUUGCUCCACACUGAUCCCGCGAAAAGGCUCGAUAUUGAAACGCUUCUAGGCCAUCGGUGGAUAUCACAGUGUCACCAAGUGCCGCAAACACCUUUAAUGUCUGUUCAAAUUUUACGAGAAGAAGCUGCCAAUGGUGGCUGGGAAGAAGUCCAAGACGAAAUGAAUAACGCGCUUGCUUCAAUGCGAGUUGAUCGGGAAGAUGCAUUAACACUCAAAGCCCUCAAGGAGUCGAACAACAAACUCCUACAAAAGAGGAAUAAAGCUGGUCUACCAUGAGUAAUCACCAAUCGAAUGGCUAGAGAAAAUGUAUUUUUUCAUUCGGGAUUCUGUAUUGUAUUUUACGAUCUGCAACAAUAAUAGGCACCGUACAAUACAACAACCGAACCAAGCAAUUGAAACACAACGCAACGAGGAUUAGCACAUGAAGUAUAUUCGAUGGCAUUCGCUUAGAAUGGGUAUUAUGGAAAAUGGUACAUCAGAGGGCGGAGUUUUGUUACUCCAACAGCGAUUGUAUUGUAGUAAAAAGCGCGAUAUUUAUUAUUGCCGUCGGAUUCAAAACGAACUUAGAACUACACGCCGCAAUCUAUAUAUUCGGCAAAUACUAUCAACUAUUAUGCUACGUUAUAAAAAACUUUUCAGAUCCAAAUUUAAAUACAGAUCUAACAUCUUAAAUUGACUAAUAAACCAGAAAAAAAAGAUUGUGCAUACCUCUAAAGUCGUAAAAACAGCUUUACUUUUAUGGAGCUGCAUUGUUUUACUACAUUAAUUAUAAUUCGGAUACAAGUUGACGAAGUUAUUCGUGUAAAAUUACAAUCAACGGUCGAAUAUUCCGUCUCAACCGGUCAUCAAUUUAAGGACUCUGCAGUGGAGUGAGGGCAAUGCUCGCAGAGACACAAUUAUCGAGGACCAAAAUUAGCGUACAUGAAUGUGUCUGCCAUGCAAACUAGCUACUCACAAAGCUUUAAGGCUAUAUAUGAAUGACGCGAGUUAUAAACAAAGUUUCACAUUAAAAGCUUCUUGAAAUUUGUGCUCAAAAGGUGUUCUUGACACACGUUGUCUACAUUGAUUUCAAAAAGAACUAUUAAAUUUAACGUCCGGUAGCCCAUGAAGUCAUGUGUUGAUCUUGUUAAUAUCUUGCAAUAAAGAACGCAACUCUAAAUCAGAACGGAAAAUCUGACAUGUAACAUGAAACGAUAGCUUAACGCAUCAGUCGUAUAAAACAUUAAUAACGAAGCAAAACAUUGUAUACAACAAAGAAUUCCGAGCCAAUGUUGUUGUGGUUGCCGCCGUCACCAGUUUGCGUUGGAGGUACGAGUGCCAGACUGUGCAGUUUGUUAAAGCAUACCAGCCAAAAUAAUAGAAUGAGCAAUGUACUAUGUAUCUGGCAAAAUACUUAAUACGUUAAUGUUAUAGGUAAACCGAUAAGGAUAAUCUUGUACCUCUGAGUAGCAAUUAUUGAUGUUUGUAGUAGGUUUUUCUAUAUCGUUGCGUGGCUGAUUGAAUGAAGUAUGAAAAGGAUUGAUGUAGUACAUGUUUAGCCAAGAACAGGUUGGUUGUCAAGAAGAGUCAGUAGUGUAAUAUAUAUUCGUAAAUAAAGUGAUAUAAUUAAAUCUACGACUGAAUGGAUGUCGAGUGCUUUCCGUAAGCAGAACAAAUGCAUUUCAUUUGUUUACAGUCAGCACAUGAUAAGAUCCCGUGGUAAGCCAUAUUUAUAAUACAUACAUGUGCACGAUAAAAGUUUGCCAUCCAAACAACGGGUGCCAUUUGGAAAAGUGUUGAAUUUCUUUGUUAUAACAACUUUCCUAAGACUAUUUCAAAAUAUGCAUACAGAUAAAAGCAAGUUAAUAAAUUUGUUUGCUAUC